AUGACGAAGGAAAGGUUGGUAUCAAUUAUUCAAGAAAAUGAUAAAGAACCAUCACUCUUGGAUUCUUGGGACAUUGUGGAAUUGAAAAAUUUACAGGUGGAAGAGCAAAAUGCAGAGAAACAGCGAGCUGUUUCUUCACAGCAUGCUGUCCUGUCACAGCGCGCUGUUUUUUAUCAACAUAUUGAAACGUCUUCUCGGUUUGAAGUCUUGGCUGAUUCAGAUAAUACAAUAAAUGGGGACACGGAAGGAGAUGAUAAAUUACAGGAGGACAUUGAUUCUGAGGUUGAAAGUGACGAAGGCAUGAAAACGGAAAAAUCUCAUGAACAACCUCCUUCUUUUACCCACGAUCAGAUUUUGGUCUCUGUGGAUGAUUCGGAAAUUGGAGGUAGUUCAGACCUCAUCCAUACUGAGGAAGCUUUCGUUUCUGUUUCGGAUGGAGAACAAAGGAAGAAAAAGCGUGGACGUCCAAAAGGAUCCAAAAAUGGGGUGAAUAAAUUGGAGGAAUUGAAGCAAAGUUUACACUUUGACAAAGCAAUUUCUUCAAUCACAGGAAAAAUUUGGAUCUUUUGGACUAAUGAUUUUGAUGUUACGCUGUUGGGAGAUUCUGAGCAAGCCUUGCAUCUUGAUGUUAAACAUUUGCAAUCAUCGACGCAAUUCCUCAUCACUGCGGUCUAUGGAAAAUCUACAAGACAAGGCCGUAAUGAGCUAUGGAAAGAGCUUACACAAUUUCAGAAUCAGCACUUAGGAGAUCCUUGGAUGGUGGGUGGUGACUUCAAUGUCAUUCGUAAUCUUGAUGAAUACUCUGGAAAUUCUUAG